UAUAAUUGAUAAUAGCAGACUAAACAUAGAUUCACGUUAACCCUUUAUGAUUGCAAACUUAAUGGAUGUUUGUUUACUUUUGACAGCGCCAAAAACAAAAUAUGAUGCUUUUUAAGAAUAUCCUCACACUUAUGGUUAUUUGUUUUGGAAUUUUGACCACUGACGCGAAAGGAAACAACAAGACAGGUCACAUUAGUGGGUCCUCGAGAAGAAUUGGAUCGCUCGCAGAUGAAUCUAGUAUACGAACAAAUCAGCCAAUUAUUGGGAUUCUCGCACAAGAAGCCACAGGCAAAAUCUCCAAAGAGGUCAGCGGUCAGUAUAUCGAGGGUUCGUACGUGCAGAUGGUGGAGUCGGCGGGUGCACGCGUGGUUCCCGUUUUAAUAAACCAGUCACCACACCAAAUACUUAAAAUAUUUAACUCGAUAAAUGGGCUUCUUCUUCCCGGGGGUCACGUCAAGCUGCAAAAGUCCGGUUACGGGAGAGUUGGCAAGAUGCUCUACGAGAUGGCAGUUAAGUCUAACCAACAAGGUCAGCCCUUUCCGAUUUGGGCAGAAUGUCUUGGCCUUGAAUUGAUAGCACUGUUAGCGUCCGGUCGAGGACUAGCUCGCGGGCAGUACGACACCGAACUUCUGGACCAUACAGACACAAAACAAUACAGUAAACCUUUAGAUCUUUCAUCGGAUUAUAAACAAAGUCAGCUACUAAGCUCAGCAGAUCAUGCCAUGAUUCAAUACAUGACGAAAGCUUUAAACGCAUUCAACAAUCACGACAAGGGUUUAACCCCCGAGAAAUACCAGAAGUUUCCAUCACUUAAAGCUGAUUUCCGAAUUGUGUCUACAAAUAAAGACCGAAAAGGAAAGGUGUACAUUUCUACACUUGAAGGUCGCAAAUACCCAUUUUUCCUGUUUCAUUGGCAUCCAAACAAGGCGCGUUUUGAUUGGGUAGCAGGCGAGCCAGUUGACCACUCACAGGAGUCGGUCUACAUUGCGCAAUAUCUGACUCGACUUUUUGUCAACCUUGCACGUACAAACAAUCAUAGGUUUGCGUCGCCUCAAGAAGAACAAGCGGCUCUUCUACAGAACUACACUCCCAAGAAGAUAGAAGAUGGUCGAUUUAUUUACCACUUUGAUAUGUAAAUUUCUUAGUUCAUUCCUACUUAAAUUUCAGGCACACAUAGUCAUUUGUGAAUUUGUACAGCUAGCUCUAAGAUUAAAUAUAUAUAUUACCCCU